AUGGAUCUUCCGCGGGUGCCGACCUUUUCUUUCACGAUUCCCUCGGUUCACGACGAGCGCCAUCUGGAAUGUCGUCUUUAUGUUCCACACAAAACUAUCGAGUCUACCUCGAGCUGGGCGACCCGCGGUGCCAUCGUUGCCCAUCCCUAUGCACCCCUCGGAGGCUGCUUUGACGACCCGAUCGUGAGUUUCAUCGGUGGCGAGCUCCUACAGGCAGGCUACGUCGUGGGGACAUUCAAUUUUCGCGGCGCGGGCAACUCUGACGGGCGGACCAGCUGGACCGCGAAGCCAGAAUUGGGUGACUACGUCUCCUUCUACGGUUUCAUGCUUCACUACUUGCAUGCGUUGAAUACUGCAUUCACAUCGAAGCGAACCGUCGCAAGUGAUGGAGAGCUGGGCAGCGAAGCAGUGGUCGGGUCCGACAACCGAGUCCAGCUGGUGCUGGGCGGAUAUUCCUUUGGAUCGCUGAUCGCGUCCCAUGUCCCGGACCUUGAUGUCAUGGUCGACCUGUUCGGAACGGGAACCGCCAGCUCGACAAGCCCGAUCUACGCGAUUGGUAACGAGGCUAGGAAAUUCGCAGCGCGGUCGAUGCGGCACGUUCAGCCCAGUCGGGCGGACGGUCGGGCUGAUGACCUCAAGUUUCCCCGCGGGGCUACAGCGAUCUCCUAUCUCCUGGUAUCGCCACUGCUGCCGCCGGUCAGCCAGCUCCUGACGCUGUUCACCGCACUCACCGUGACCGUGCAGGGCCAGACGUCAGAUCAGGCCCGACCCGCUGGCCGACCAGCCGACCAGCUGAGUGCGCACCGGACGUUAGCGCUAUAUGGGGACCAGGAUACCUUCACUUCCGCCCGCAAGUUGCAGCGGUGGUCAGCCGAGCUGGCCCACCUGCCGCAGAGUCAGUUCCGGGGUUGCCAGAUCGAUGGCGCGGGGCAUUUUUGGCGAGAAAAGGGAGUGGAGACACGGGCGCGACAGGCUUUGCUAGAAUGGUUGCAGAUGGGCUCGUCCUGA